AUGAAGCACCACAAAACCAGAGGGAAACCCCAGGUCACCGAUCCCACUCGUACCUCCUUCCUCUCCUGGGGGCUAAAGAGAGCAACAAGGAAGCACCAGCAGCUCCAACCUGGGCAGCCUUCCUGGGAAGAUGCAGCCGCUCCUGCUCCUGCUCCCACUGGCCUUUUUACUGCCCCCCGGGACAAAUGCAGCCCUGACCCAUCUAUCCACCAGGAACGUUUUGAACACCGGCUCCUGUCCCAUCUCAUACCCCCAAGUAUGAUGCUGGAGACGCCACUGGCAGGAAUGGCAGAGCAGAAUGCUGUUCUCAAGAGGAGCCAGUGGGGGUUCCUGAUACGAGAGGACUUCGUGCUGACCGCCGCUCACUGUUGGGGAAGCUCAAUCAACGUCACCCUGGGGGCCCACAACAUCAAGAAGCAGGAGAGGACCCAGCAGGUGAUUCCAGUGAGAAAAGCCAUCCGCCACCCAGACUAUAAUAAGAGGAACUACGCCAAUGACAUCAUGUUACUGCAGCUGGAGAGAAAGGCCAAGCGGACGGCAGCUGUGAGGCCCCUCGGCUGCCCAGGGGGCCGGGCCCGGGUGAAGCCAGGACAGGCAUGCGAUGUGGCCGGCUGGGGGCAGGUGGUGGUGGCGAUGGACAAUUACCCAGACACACUGCAGGAGGUAAAGCUGAUUGUGCAAGAGGAUCAAAAGUGUGAAUCCCACCUACGCAAUUAUUACAACAAGAUCAUCCAGCUGUGUGUGGGGGACCCAAAGAAAAAGAAAGCUUCCUUUAAGGGGGACUCCGGGGGCCCUCUCGUGUGUGACAAUGUGGCCCAGGGCAUUGUCUCCUAUGGACAAAAAGAUGGGUCCACUCCACGGGCCUGCACCAAAGUCUCAAGUUUCCUGCCCUGGAUAAAGAAAACCAUGAAAAGUCUCCACCUGCAAGAACCGGACCGUCUUCCCUGGAGCUGAUCUAGAAUCACACUGGGUUGGGGGGCCAGCAACGGAAUAAAGCCUCUUAGCUGA